AUGCCAAGCUCAGAGACAGCUCGGGCCAUCAUCUUUGUGAGCCUUGCUCUCCUCGGCUGUCUCAUCCGUACCUACAUCCGCACAGCCAACGGCGAAAAGCAAGAUGAAGUCCAUUUCUGGUCUUCACGCUUUAGCGACUUUCAACAGCAACAAGACGCCGAUGCAGAUGCCGAUGCAAUCAACGACAAGGUAGACCCAACCAUGUGUGCAUCUCAGAACGCACUUCGACUCGGCAGCGAUACUUCUAGCGGUGAAGUCAGUCAAGCAGUUUCUGUAGUGCAUGAUCGACCGCCUCGGUUGGCUCCUUUCCUCGCCGACAGUCUACCUUCGCCCGGGCCAUCCCGGUUGGCGCAGGUCUGCGAUGGAUCGGAAGUGGACGAAGCCUACGAAGACUGGGCAGCAAUGCAUCACGCCCGUGGUGCUGUCAGCGAGGAUGCAGAGGCUAGCAUUGAUAACCUUUUGCAGAGGAGACAACGGCAAAAGACCCGGCACAUGCAGAAGUUGGCUCAAUUCGAUACACUCGGUACUAGCGGGGCUAGCACACCAACCAUUUGGACUGCUCAUUUCCCUGCUGCUCAGUUGAGACCGUACUAG